AUGUCGGGUCAUGAUCGUCAUAGAUCAUUGUGGGAGCAUUAUUACAAAGAUUGCCACGGGAUCAUCUUCAUAAUUGACAGCAGCGAUAAACUGCGACUGGUUGUUGUAAAGGAAGAACUGGACAUGCUUCUGCAGCAUCCCGAUGUUGCAGUAAGAGACUUGAAAGCAGAAGUAAACUUUUCAGGACGCAAGAUACCCAUUCUCUUCCUGGCGAACAAGAUGGACCUGCCCGAUUCUUUGACCACCGUAAAAUUAGUCGCUGGACUGGGACUCGAGCGAAUACAAAAUAAACCCUGGCAUAUACGGGCGACGAAUGCAUUAACUGGCGAGGGCCUGCAGCCGGCGAUCGAGUGGCUGACGGACCAAAUUCGCGAUAUAUACAUCAACAAGAGAUAA